AUGAAGUAUGAUAGCCGAUUGACGGACGCUUUUUGGAACAGUAGCGAGCAAUCUUACGGACGCUACUUGUGGGACAUGAUGACGUCAUGGGCUAUCAUUUGUGACGUAUGGUACCUACCAGCAAUGACUAAAGAAGCAAGUUUCAUUUAUAUAAUAAUAUCAAUUGAAAAUCCAAAUUAUUCGGAAAAAAAGGCUUGAAAUCUGUACAAAUAUAAAAUUUUUGCGAAAAAAAGUUUUUUUUAAUGUACUAUUAGCGGCAAAGAGCACGUAAAGAAGGGUCGUAAAGCCUGAAAAAAUGAAGCAGCUCACCACGAACGUCGAGCACCAAUCGUUAGAUUAGAUCUGAUAAUCAAGCGUCUGCCGUGCCGCGCUGGGUCAGGCGUGAGGUUGUAACAAAACAGACAGCCCCUGUCUUUCUCUCCACCAUGAACACAUGUUCAAUGUUGUACAGUGCCGGACAGAACUAUGAAACAGGCGUCUUCAGUUUUUCGAACAACUGAGAUGGACUUCAAAUCAAGGAAAAGAAAUCGAGAAAAACUACGAUUUCAAUGGAAAAAUUUGAGAGUUUUAUAGUUCCUUCCCGCCUGAUUUUCCGUUUCUUAUCACUUGUUUGCUUCAACGGCAGCCGACAAUGAUUAAAGUUGGCAUUGAUAUCGAUAGUUUAUUUCUCAAACGUUUGCGUUCCUAAUAGUUUGAAAACGCAAGAGUUUUGCCCUUUUUCAUUGUAAUUAUUCAGAGAGUCAUUUUUCAAGCAGUUUAACUUCUUUCUGGGUGGCUGUCAAUAUUAACGAUUUGUUCUAGGAAGGAGAAGAUGCAAUUUGCUUUGCCCGGCGGGUCAAGCGAGGAAUCGCCAAGAAAGGUGGCCUCGUUGAUCUGGAGUGGGACGGAGCUUUAAAAAGAGAACGGGUAAAUUCUCUCAUUUUUUUUCAAUCCCAAGAUUAUCUUCUUAGGUAUCCUCAAAAUUGGUCGCUCUGCAACAAAAGCUCUACUAUGACCGACUGGCCAGGACUACAACGAUCAACGCUCUUCCAGAAGAAUCACAGUCGGAAUUCCUUGAGAUUAUGCAGGUUUCAUGAGUCAUACAUGUUUUGAAUUAAAAAUUGUUUUUAGUCGAUCUCCGAAGAGGAUAGGAACGAACUAAUGAAGCAUAUCGAUGAGGAAGAUGAAGAUGAAGAUAUUAUUAGGAAGGUUGGUGCCAUUUCACUGAACCGUGAAUAAAAUGUUUUGGAAGCUGAAAAGGUUGAAUUUUGCAGAAAGAUGAGUAAGAUUUUUAGAUCUCGGACCUACGCCCACGUUUCAGCAUAUCCGACCAAGGAUCAGUUCAGAAUUCAGUCUCGGAGUAG